AUGGGAUCGAGUGUCCCGUCGAAACGUGGUGAUAUCUUUAAAAUGUGCGCGAAAUGGUGGACAUCGUCCGCCUCGAUCACUGAACUGUCUCGUGCGUCGAAAGCCUUGGGAAUUUUUGAGCUUACUCUCAUGUCCAUUGCGCCGACAAUAUUCACGAACGACCACUGGAUCCAGUACAUCACGGGCCAGCCGGUCAAGUGGAUUCCGGCUCACCACACAAGACUCCUACACCCGAAUACUUUCCUCCGGCUUCUCCGUUCGGACCUCGGGUCCCUCUGUAUACAGCAGUGGCGAGAAGUGCAGUGGCAAGCGACCUCGCCACUCGCUGCUAAAGUUUCCGAGAUUUCCACCGCUCCAUGGAGCAACGUGAGUGUUCUCACCGUGAACACAAACGGCAUCAAGAAUAACGGUCACCUCUUUAUCGAGAAAAUGCUCUCCAAGUACUCAUUGGCAUGCGCCCAAGAAACCAAGUUCGGUUGUAGCUCGCAUCUUUCCAAUUUCACAUUCCACAUGGAUUCAAGCUUUACGAACAAGGUAUUUGUGGAUGAUCCUAACUCUCUGUUGCAUCAACCCACGCGUGGUCGGUGCAAUGGAGUGCUCACAAUGAUCCGCUCCGACUUCCCUGGCUUUGAUACAGCCAUGAUAGUUCCCUCUGUCGCGGUCCAGGGUCGCUAUCUCGUCGUGAAGUUAAUGGUCGAGGACUCUCCUGUUUACAUCCACAAUGUGUACGCCCCUGUUGAUCGCCGCGAGAAGCAUCAAUUCUUCUCACAAUUGGACACGGCGGAGUUUGAGGACCACGCGACGCACUUGGUGCUGGGAGACCUCAACACGCCGCUCGAUCCUCGUCUCGACUCUUGUUCAUCCGACCGACGUCAUGACCCUGGACGGUUAAGCUGUCUCGAGUGGCUGUCACAGCUCGGGGUUGUUGACGCCUGGCGGAUACAUCAUGACACCAAGCGCGUCUUCACUGGCCCCCUACCCCGGAGAAUUCGAUUGGACUACAUUUUACUAUCGGACGACUUCUGCACGCGCUUCUACGGUGACUCCAAGUACUUCCUACCCCAGCAUGCGGGUGAUCAUCUCGCCCAAAGUUUGCUCUUGCAUUCAGGAGAGCAGCUACACGGCCACAAUUACUGGAAGUUCCCGCGUUAUUUACUGGAGUAUCCAGUUGUUGUACAGGCCAUCGAGCACGAGGCUGACAUGGUCCUUGAGCAAUUGCGUAUCGCUACUAACCCGGGCAAGGUCUGGGAGAAAUGGAAGGUCCGCAUCAAGCGUCAACUACAAGAUGUUCAAGCGAAGCUCCGGCAGCAGAACUCGCAAGCAGUACUGGAAGCUCGAAGUCAGCUUGACCGGGCCGCGUCCGUAUACCGUGUGUCUGCAGCCGUCUCCGACCGCGAAAUCUUUAAUGAGGCACUCCGAAAUUACAAGGAUAUCGUAACUUGGGAGAGCCGGCACAAUCAAGACAAGUCGUUUGACUUCCAAGUGGCCAACUCUGAGAAGUCUACUCGCCAUUUCUUUCGUCCGGUCGACACGACCUUGCGGCGAGUCUCCAUCGAAGAAGUGGACACACCAGGCAGAGGUGUCUCCAAGAACCCGCUCGAGAUCUCUCUCCGUUUUCUCGAGCACUGGGGAUCAAUGAUGGGAGACCCAUGCAGCCCGACCGGUACAGCCCCUCCUCAUGACGACGUGAUGCAGCAAAAGCUGCUCAACUCGAUCACCCGCGUUGUUUCCGAUGUUGAUCAUGUCAUUCUCAAUGCUCCGGUCACACCUACGGACCUGGCGGCAGCGAUUCGCCACAUGAAGUCCACGUCAGCGCCGGGUAUGGAUGGGCUGACGGCUGGAUUUUACCAGGUGGCUCCGGAUGUGUUCGGCGCAUGCUUGAGCCUUGUGUUUAACAAUCGCCUACUACACGGUACACUGCUUCCAUCGCAGCGCAAAUCAGCGGUAGUCCUACUACACAAGAACGGAUCCCGUGCUUCCCCUGGAAACUACCGACCCAUCUCACUCAUGCAGGUUGACGUGAAGGUGCUUUCCAAAGCUCUAACGUACCGGCUGCAGCACGUCAUUAUGGACCUGAUUCAUCCUGAUCAAAAGGGAUUUGUCAAGGGCCGUUCGAUACACCAUCAUGUUCGGUUUCUUGCGGAUCUACAAAAUCUCGUGACGGCAAUGGAUGACGACGCGUACGCUUUAUUUUUGGAUUUUGAAAAAGCAUUUGAUCGCGUAAACUGGACAUACAUGUUUCGACUGCUCGAGCGCAUAAGACUCGGCGCGGAGUUUCUCCAGUGGAUUCACCUACUGUAUCAUAAACCGCAAGCUCACCUAGUGAUCAACCAGAACAUCCAGCCAGCGCUUUUUCCGAUGAGGGGCGUCAAGCAGGGGGACCCACUGUCGGCGCUGCUCUUUGUACUGACGAUUGAACCACUAGGAAACCUUCUCCGGUCUCAUGAAGAAUAUGGCGUGUGUGUGAGCGCGGAUCACACCUGCACCAGCACGUUCUUUGCGGAUGACUCGACACUUCUGGGAAGCUCAAUCACGAACAUACAAGCGCAGCUUGAGCUUGUGGAUGAGUACUGCCGUGGAUCUGGUGCAAAGCUUAAUUUAUCGAAGUCUGUCUUGUUGGCGCUUAAUAGGAAUCACGACUGUCCGAUACUUCCAGGAGUGAAAGUGCUCGGUCGCAUGGAGCCGGUGAAGUAUCUCGGAAUCUUGGUCAGCCAGUCGUGUGAUAAUGAUGAAACUGUGGAGUUCCUUGAUCAGCGCUUUUACGAUGGAUUUAAGGCUUGGUACCGGCGUGCAAGAACGCUUCGUGGCAGGCUUUUGAUAGCUCAAACUAUGGUCCUCUCUGGAUUAUGA